UCUUUACAGACAUUCGGUGGAUCCUAAAAUUGGCGAAACUGGAUAGUUCUCCUUCAUUCUAAAUUUGAGUGAGGAAUAUUUUGAAAUCUUUCUCCAAUCAGAUUUCAAGAUUUACCAAUAAAUUGCAACAAGUCCUUGCGUCUUGUCUUCUGUAAAGAAAUUUCACACUUUGAAGAUCUUUAAGAGACUUAAAAAUAAGGAUCAACACUUUUGAAGAAUAAUUAACAAGUCAAUUAUAUGUGUAGAGAGCAGCUUGAAUUAAUAAUAAGAGGCAUAUCAAGAAACUGACCUUGAUGGGAUUCAUAGCUGCUCAAUCAUCCAAUCCAGAAAUUUUGGAAAGAUUCCUAAAACGCUCCUAAAAUGCCAAGGAUUAAAGAGAGACUUGCAUAAUAGUUUAUCAUAGUUUUUGCGAUGUUCGCAUUUAUCUUACAGUAAAACUAGACAAGGUUUGGUGCCACGUAUUGUUCACUUGUGCUGACGUUGCAAAUUUUUAUCCUAACUAAUUUUCCGUGAGAGGACCAAGAGUAUGAAGCCUCCUCAAAGAAUUAAUCCUGCUCUGAAGCUGAGCUACAAAAGAGUUAAACAGAACUGAGGGCUUCAAAUAAUAGAUUUUAUUAAUAAAGCCGAAUUUAUCACUAAAUGAAGUAAGACCAAGUUAUGAGAGGAUCGAUCAUGGAAUAUUAUUGUAUGCUUAUUUGACCUGAAAUUUCAAUUUUUGUUCUAAAUAAGUUUAACUUGAGACUUUUAACUUUGAUAUCAAAUUUAUAAACGUAAUCAUCAGAAGCUUCCAAUGGUAUGGCUUCCUGAACUAUUCUUUGUUAUUCUCUCGAUGGAUAAACUCAAAACUAGCUUCAAUUUAUUUCUAAAAUAUUCAUGCCAAAAUGAGUGUUGGAGAGCCUUUCAGAUCGAAGUUAUUUUCAGCGUUUCUUUGUACAAAUUGGAGAUCACUAUUUUCAUGAAUCAAAAAACUUUCGAAAGAUAAGCUUAGAAUUUAUGUCUGCCAAAUAUUAUAGCAUUGCGAGUAAAUUUGCCUUGUUAAACUUUGAAGAAUCAAUGUUACCAAUCUCAUAUAUCAAAUACGAAACAACAUCGAAUGCAAUUGGGGGAAUCUUCUUAAUUUCGUAGAUAUAACUCCUAUCUUCACUUGAGCGACAUAAUGACAUUUUGAGAAACAACAAUUUGAGCAUUCAGCAUUAAUUGCUGAAAAUGUAAUCUGAAGUAUUAGCCAGAGGUUGCAUGAAUGUUAUGGCUUUGACUCAAGACAAUCGGCACAUAAACUUAGCAUCGAGCUAUCAUUCUUUCUAAAGGGAGCCCUGGCAGCUUUAUGAUUGAAACAUCAUAUAAAAAGAGAUUCGGCUGUAAAUUACCUAGCAUUUGGACUAUAAGAUUUGAGAGAAGUAGGUGAAAAAUUUGAUUGCUGUCUGGAGAUGCACAAACAUCAUUAUUGGACUUCUUUCUUUAGAACCGAGGCCAUUGAAGAGGUACUAAUAAC